AUGUGUUUCACCCACGUGAAAUACUCCUGCAACCACAACGGAAAGUGCGUCCUCAAAUGCCGCAAGCUCUGGUCCGCAAGGACUAGCUGGUGCUGCUACCCUGCCUUCCUGUUCACCUUCGGCUGGCCCAAUGAAGAGCCCUGCGGCGAUUUCGUGGAGAGGAAAGCAUUCUUCUCCCCUAAGAUCUGCCCAGAGUGUACCGAAGCAGAGCAAUCCGCUCCACAGACCAGGGGCAUCGUGCCGAGGAAGUACCGUCACAAGCUCACGCCCGAAGCGUUGAACGCCUCGCGACAGCGAAUGAAGGAGGAGAGGGAGAAGGAAGAUGCCGUCAAAGAGCGGUGGUACACACGGGAGGAAAACUUCCAGAAGCGGGAGCAGAAGGGGCGGCUGAACCAGGACGUCACUGGGAGUACCGCCGAAACCGACAAAGCACUGCCCGAUAUGCCGUCGUUCAUCCAUGUCCCGCUCGGUGAUCGCUGGGGUGACCCGAGCUACCACUACCCACCACACAUCGCCGAUGCGUAUGACGCCGCUCCCCUUACCCCACCGAGAGACCGUGGCCGUUUGGGGUCGUACGUGCAGCAGGAGCAACCUCCGCAGCAACCGGACCGGAUGGUGAAGAACAUUGACGUUGUCUUGAAGGACCGGGAUCAGCAAUCUGAGCAAAGACACCAUGAUAGGCACUGCGCGGAUCGUCACCGGCACGGGGGGGAGCACUUUGCGAGCCCAGUCGACGGCUUCCGGCAUGCGCAAUAUCUCACGGCCCUGUCGGACAAUGUGGAUCAAAACCGGUACGCAGCACAUCAUGUGACAAUUCCGAAUCCUGACCCCUACCAUCAUUUCGAAGAAGAGCCAGUGUAUGGCGGCCGGGUAGGACAAACCCUAAAAACCCAGCAGCAGAGACCACAGCAGUCGCUCCACGGUCAGGGUGGGUAUACCGAGCCCAGAAGUCUGACCAAUACCAGACUCGCGCCGAAGCUGCCCAUCCAGGAGAGACAGGGGCACAGGAGGCCACAGAUCCUGGCCCACGAACGUUCGCGGCCUGGAGAGCCCCGUCGCCGAGACACCGAGCCUACGCCUCCAGUGAGAACACCAAGGUCCGGCCUACUCAAGGGAUUCUUCCACGCGUUUGGGAGCAAUUCGCAUCGGAGCGAAGACGCUCGCUGUGAUAGAUACGAGAGCCGGAAAGUUGCCGUGGACGCCCACUCAGACGUCAGCUCUUUUGUGUGCCACGAUUCCCGUGACGUGGAGAGGGGGAGGAUAAUGUAA